AUGGGAGAACCGGAAAAGAUAGUCGAGUCGCCAGAUGUUCGCAGCUUGGCGGACUCCAGCGAGAUAGGCGAAUCGACCAAAGUACCACCAUCGCCAUCCUCUAACAGUUUGGCAGAAUCAAAUAGUUCUGGAGGCUCAAGUUUGAUGAAAGUAUCUGUGGAUCCCAAGCUUCUGGAAGAUGUCGCAAGACAAUCUGCCACGCCCCUUCUCCGGUUCUAUCGCUUCAUCACCUCCGAAUAUCGACUUCUGUUCACAAUCGUGUUUUGCCUCAAUUUGGGGGGUGUCGUGGGAUUCCUGUACGAAUGGGCUACCAAUGGGAGACCAAGCAAAACGACAGCUGCUUUGGCAACCUCGAUUAAUCUGGUGGUCGCUAUUGUCAUUCGGGAAGAGCAUGUAAUCAAUGGUUUGUAUACCAUUUUUGCAUCCGCGCCAAGAAGCUUUCCAUUGUGGAUUCGUCGACGCAUGGGAAAGAUCUACCACUUGGGAGGUCUUCAUUCCGGAUGCGCCUCAGCUGCAACAUUUUGGUUCAUCCUUCUCUCUAUCGAAACUAGCUGGAGGGGACCGUACCACGCGGAAAAGAUCAUCCUACUCAUCAUUAUCUACAUUUUGGAUAUUCUCCUCAUCUCAAUGAUUGUCAUGGCUCAUCCAUCAAUUCGUGCAAAACUCCACAAUAGCUUUGAAAUCAUCCAUCGAUUUGCUGGGUGGUCCGCACUCGCUCUGCUCUGGACUCUCACCGUACUCACUAGUGAUAUCGAGCGAUCGUCAACUCAAAAAUUGACCAAGGUUUUACUGGUCAACCCUAACAUGUGGCUUCUCGCCGUCGCUACUGGGAGCAUCAUUAUGACGUGGCUUAAUUGCCGAAAGGUCAAGGUUCAAUCAGAGCAACUUUCAACACAUGCCUUGCGCAUUUACUUCGACUACGUUAGGCCUUCACCAGGAACAACUAUUCGCAUAUCCAGCAGCCCUCUCUUCGAAUGGCAUGCAUUCGCCACUGUCGCAGACCCAAAGAAAGACGGUUUCUCCCUCAUUAUUUCGAACGCAGGCGACUGGACUAAAAAAUUGAUAAGCGAACCACCGAAGGAGGUUUGGGCUCGUCGUACGCCUACAUGUGGUGUUUUACGAAUCGCUCCCAUGUUUCGAAGCAUCUUACUCGUCGCUACCGGCUCUGGAAUCGCACCCUGCUUACCGGUCAUACUUGCACAACAAACUAGAAUCAAUCUCUUUUGGUCAACUCGAGACCCGUUGACGACUUAUGGUGAUGAAAUUGGUGGCAUUAUCAAAGCACUGGGGCCUAACGCAUACAUCCAUAAUACGACGACCAUGGGGAGACCCGCGACACUUCCGCUUGUGAUACAACAGUACCGGGACACUGAAUCUGAAGCUGUCAUUGUCAUUUCGAAUCCGAAAUUGACGAUAAAACUCGUGCAGGAUUUAGAAUAUCUUGGAAUUCCUGCCUUUGGUCCCAUUUGGGACUCGUAG